AUGUAUUGCACAAAGAUUUAUUCUCAAAAAAAAAGAGUCGGUGGAGCGGCGUCGCUGCUUCUCGUAACUUGCUUAUUGAAAAGCGUCGAAGAAGACGGUCUUACUUUCCAUCGAACUGAACCUAGCAGAGCAGAGAGCACAAGGCUAACAGCUUUGACGUUGGUAUACAAACCACGGUACCAUCUCUGUCGACGACUGUUGGCUCAUCGGGCGUUGGAGUUGCUGGAGGAUUAUCAUGCAAAGCUAACGAGACCGCAGGAUAAACAGCUGCGGCUUGCUAUUGAGCGUGUCAUCAGGAUUUUCAAGAGCAAACUCUUCCAGGCUCUUUUGGUGUUGCUUGCAAAAGUACAUGCCAUGUGA